ACGAACAUUCCAGAAGGGAUAGACGUUCCAGAAGUGGCGAGCGCAGUAGAAAAUCCCAUUCCGAUUCAAAAGAUUCAAAAAAAGAUGAUGACAAAAAAGCAGAAGAAGGCUUCAAAUUCGAGGACUUUGAUGAGGCCAAAUUUGGAAUGCUAGACAAAGAAGCUCAACAAAGACAACUUGAAAUGGAAAUGCAAAAACGUAGAGAACGUAUAGAAAAAUGGCGCGCAGAACGCAGAAAAAAAGAAAUAGAAGAAGGAUCUGGCACAGCACCAAUUAUAAUAUUGCCUCCAACAAAAAAAUGGACACUAGAAGAUGACGAAGAUGAAGACAUGCCAGCUACGGAAACAACUGAAACCAGUAAAAGUGAAGAACCAGAACAGACAACAGGAGGUAACGAGGAAGAUGUUGAUCCACUCGAUGCAUAUAUGCAGGGAAUUCAGGAAGAAGUGAGGCAAUUAAGGCAUAAGAAUGUGAAGAAAGACCCAACUGGCGAGGAAAAAGGUCAAGGAAAAGUAACUGUCAUCAUGGGGGUGGCUAAGAAGAAAGAUGCUUCACGUAAAGGAGAGUUGAUGGAACAGGAUCAAGAUGCUUUAGAAUAUUCUUCAGAAGAGGAAACAGAAGAUCUGCAAUCAGCUAUGUCAAAUCUGCAGGCAAAUAAAACUAAAAAGCUCGUCACCAUCAGUAAGAAUGAUAUUACAUAUUUGCCUUUUCGUAAGAAUUUCUAUGUGGAGGUUCCAGAAUUAGCCAAGAUGACUCCUGAUGAGGUUGAAAGUUAUCGCGAUGAAUUAGAAGGUAUCAAAGUUCGAGGGAAAGGUUGUCCGAAACCGAUCAAAAAUUGGGCACAGUGUGGAGUAAGCAAAAAAGUUUUGGAAAUAUUAAAGAAACAUGGUUAUGAAAAACCAACACCGAUUCAAGCUCAGGCUAUUCCAGCAGUCAUGUCCGGAAGAGAUAUCAUUGGCAUUGCUAAAACAGGAUCUGGAAAAACUCUUGCAUUUCUCAUACCUAUGCUGCGUCACAUACUCGAUCAGCCACAGCUUGAUUCUGAUGAAGGACCGAUCGGUAUAAUUAUGACACCAACACGAGAAUUAGCUAUGCAGAUCACCAAGGAAUGCAAAAAGUUAUGUAAAGCCCUAGCCUUGAGAGUAGUAUGUGUUUACGGAGGUACUGGAAUGUCAGAACAGAUUGCAGAAUUGAAACGAGGGGCCGAAAUUAUAGUAUGUACUCCUGGAAGAAUGAUAGACAUGUUGGCUGCCAAUAAUGGUAGAGUAACGAAUUUGAAAAGAUGUACUUACGUGGUUUUAGACGAAGCAGAUCGAAUGUUCGACAUGGGCUUUGAACCUCAGGUAAUGAGAAUAGUGGAUGGAAUACGUCCGGACAGACAGACGGUGAUGUUUUCGGCAACGUUUCCUCGUCAAAUGGAAGCUCUGGCUCGUAGGAUACUGACUAAACCUAUAGAAGUGCAAGUUGGCGGAAGAAGUGUGGUCUGUAAAGACGUGGAGCAACACAUUAUACUGAUCGAAGAGGAGGAGAAAUUUUUAAAGUUGCUGGAAUUGCUUGGAUAUUAUCAAGAACAGGGAAGUGCCUUGGUGUUUGUCGACAAACAAGAGCAUGCUGACGGGCUCCUUCGAGAUCUGAUUAAAGCAUCAUACAAUUCUAUGGCUCUUCAUGGUGGCAUCGAUCAGUUUGAUCGAGAUUCAACCAUUUGCGAUUUUAAAGCUGGAAAAGUCAAUGUGUUGGUUGCAACAUCUGUAGCAGCAAGAGGAUUGGAUGUAAAGCAUCUGAUAUUAGUUGUGAAUUAUGAUUGUCCGAAUCACUAUGAAGAUUAUGUUCACAGAUGUGGGAGAACUGGAAGAGCAGGCAAUAAAGGUUACUCUUACACAUUCAUUACGCCGGAUCAAGGAAAAUAUUCUGGUGAUGUAAUAAAAGCUCUUGAGUUGUCUGGAAAUCAAAUUCCUGAGAAUCUGCAGAAACUUUGGGAUGAAUAUAAAGCAAAACAAGAAGCAGAAGGGAAGAAGAUCAGAAGCAGCAGUGGUUUUACAGGGAAAGGUUUCAAAUUUGAUGAAGCUGAGGCCCAACUAGCAAAUGAGAAAAAGAAGUUUCAGAAAGCUGCUCUUGGUUUGCAAGAUUCUGAUGAUGAAGAUGCAGAAGCUGAUAUUGAUCAAGAAAUAGAAAACAUGUUAGCGCCGAAAAAACGUGUACAAGAAGUCACUAUUGCGAAAACCAGCCAAGGUACAACCAUACCGGGAUUACCGGGUGUGUUGUUUCCUUCUGCUGGUAGUGCAGAAAAACUUGAGCUCGCAAAACGUCUAGCAUCCAGAAUUAGUCUCCAAAAGAACCUUGGAUUGGAAGCCAAAGGGGCGACACAACAGGCAACCGAAGCAGUUUUAAAAGGACAGUUGUCGUCGCCUGUCAUCUCUGCAAAAACUUUAGCAGAACAGCGCGCAGAAAAACUUCAUGCGAAACUAAAUUAUCAACCAAAAUCGGAAGACGAAGCCAAGGACGAAGACGGUGGCGUCGAAACAUUUCGAAAAUAUGAAGAAGAAUUGGAAAUUAAUGACUUUCCUCAACAAGCAAGAUGGAAAGUUACUUCUAAGGAAGCAUUGGCUCAGAUCAGUGAAUAUUCUGAAGCUGGUAUUACGGUCCGUGGCACAUAUUAUCCACCUGGGAAAGAUCCAAAAGACGGAGACAGAAAACUGUACCUGGCCAUCGAAAGCACAAAUGAACUCGCAGUUUCAAAAGCUAAAGUGGAAAUUGUUCGUCUUAUUAAAGAGGAGUUAAUUAAAAUGCAACAUUCGUAUCAACCCAUCAACAGAGGACGUUACAAAGUGCUUUAGUUCGGUUGAAUUUCUUUUCUUAUGAUUUGUUGACUCGGUCGAUGAUGAUCACACCGUUAAUUUUGCCGAGCUUGUCCGUGUAAAUAUUCUUUUGCACCCUUCUGACACCUUUUUAUUUUAAAGUAACAGAAACAAGAAAUUACACCAGUGUACAUUUCCAAAACUGAUUUUUACUUUUGUUUUAUUUUUUUCUGUCUUAAACGAUUAAUUAAAUCUUAAAAGAUUGGCAUAAAGUUUUCGGUUGAUUAGAAAAUAUGUAAUUAUGUCUCUUAUUCAAUAAAAUAGUUCAUCCUUGACA